AACGGAUCCAGCCUAACGAUAGCAUCCUUAUUGCAGCUGAUGCGCUGUACGAGGAGGCUGAAGACCUUUUGGAGGUUAAGUGAAGAGCCAAUGGAGAUGGCAUCUGCUGUGGACCUGUUGCACCAGUAGGCAAAUUGGAGCAGAUCCAAGUUGCUUCUCAGGCAGGAGGUGAUGUGUUUCAUCACCAGCUUCUCAAAAUACUUCAUCACUGUGGAUGUGAGUGCUGCUGGAUGACAGUCAUUGAGACACAAGCGAGAAGAACCCUGCGUGAAGCACAUGGAGAGUGAGUCGGGACCACGAGGAACAAAGAGCAAGGCCAGUGUAAAUUCCUCCGCCCAGAGCUCUGCCCUCGCACUACUUCAUUGGACCAGACAGGGCUGCAAGCAUUUCGGAGACGGCGCACAUGAGCGAAGCCAAAUACGUUACAAGAAGCACAGUGAUUCAUCGGAAACACCAACAGCAUCCAGUUACAGCAAGGCGUGGUGAAUUCAGAAAUUGCUGCUCUCCCACCUUUCAAAAUAAUUUAUGCUUUUCCAUUGCCUAUUCGCAGAAAGAAAGUAAUGUUCAAUGGGCAGUGAUCUACCAGCAAGGACCAAGCUGCUGAAAUGGACAGGACUUCUGGCAAGAGGUACAGACCAUCCCGCGUUUAGUUUCCACCCUGAACAACGCCGGCGAGCGUUAGAGGACACGGGGGGGGAAUUAACCCGAAGAUGGAGUUACCAUGACAACUACUGAUGUUUUCCCGGAGUUCCCUCCACCAAUAUCUGAUAAAGCAACCAGAGAGACCCUAAAGAAGAGGCAGAUGCUACACACGUUCGCUGCGGUCGUCGUGCUUUUGGCCACGGGAACUACCAUAACCAGCCUCAACAAAUGCAUCUUCGCCGUGUAUAAUUUUCGUUACCCACUCUUGUUGUCGGCUCUUCACAUGCUCACGGCGAUUGUUAUAGACUAUGUUUUGAUCCGAAUGGGAUUCGUAAAUCUGAAAAUUAAAGAAAUCAGCCUUCUUCCUACUGCUGCUAAAGUCAAGGUGUUUCUACUGAGUCUUACGUUCUGUGCCACCAUUGCUUUUGGGAACAUGGGAUUAAAUUGCGUGCAGGUCUCCUUUGCUCAAGUGAUCUCCACUACCACCCCUCUCUUUACCAUUGCUAUCUCAAAGCUCUUCUUGGGAAAGCAACAUCACAUUCUUAAGUACACUGCCAUGAUGCCCAUCUGUCUUGGAGCUUCAUUCAGUCUACUUGGCGAGGUACAAUUUGAUCACAAAGGAUGCUUCUACAUUUUUGCUGCCACCAUGCUGAGAGGAGUAAAAUCCAUCCAACAAAGUAUUCUGCUUCAGGAAGAAAAGAUCAACUCCAUCAUUCUGCUCUACUUGAUGUCCAUACCAAGCUUCUGUAUUCUUAUUUCAGCUGCGUUUCUGCUGGAAAGCGGCACUGUAUGGGAGCCGUCCAUUAAGUAUGACAACAGACUUUGGAUUUUUAUUCUUCUUAGCUGCCUGGGUUCUGUACUGUACAACUUGGCAAGCUUCUGUGUCACCACACUUACCUCUGCUGUCACUCUGCAUGUUGUGGGAAAUCUCAACAUGGUUGGAAACCUCGUCAUUUCACAGGUCCUCUUUGGCAGCGAGAUGACUGUGUUAAGCUACGCUGGUAUCGGGCUUACACUAACGGGAGCACUGAUGUAUCAGAACUCGGACUUAAUAGCGGACUAUUUAAAUUCAAGAAGCAAGCAUCAAGAGCAAGAGCGUUUAAAAACUGACUGAAAGAAAGCCUUGUAUAUAGGCAAGGAAAAAUACAUUCAUAAUUCAAUAGGAUUAAAUUGUGCCAAACUGCAGGCAGACAAAAUGCUAAAGAUAUUAAAGUAAAGCACAUUGCCUUAUUUAAGAAUGGUUUACUCAAUAUUUUGUUCUCUUUAAUGGUAUGAUAAGUCUGUGACUGGAAUUGUAUUUAUUUCAUCUUAUAGGUUCCAGAAAAGGUUAUUAAAUAGCUCAGUUUUUAUUGUAAAGAUUUUUCAUGUUAUUGGGAAAAACUAACAAUAUUAUAUUGCACAUUGCACACCCAUUUUAAAUUGCUCUUCUGCUUCUUUCCAGCUUUAAGCUGUUAGAAUUUCUGAUCAGCAGGAUCACAGUGCCCUAUUUCAUAUCCAAUAAAAACAUCAUUUUACAGCUGCUGGCUUUGGAUAAGAAUGAAGCCAUAGCAGGAUAGUUGUUAACAGCAGACCAGUGAGUCUUGAUACACUUUACCAAGCCAACCUGCCAUAGUUGUGAGGUGUGCCAUCAGAAAUUGCACGCAGAAAUUCUCUAAGGACAUCACUUCAGAACAGAGAUAAGGAUGAAUUUCUUUAGCCAGAGGAUGGUGAAUUCAUCACCACAGACGACUGUGGAGGCCAAGUCAUUGGGUAUAUUUCAAGUGGAGGUUCAUAACUUCUUGAUUAUUAAGGGUGUCAUAAGUUACGGGGCGAAGUCAAGAGAAUGGAGAUGAGAAGUAAUGAAUCAGCCAUGACUAAAUGGAAGAGCAGACUCAAUGGACCAAAUGGCCUAAUUCUGCUCCUAUGUUGUAUGGAAUCUUCAGCAGCACUUCUCAGACUUCCACUCUUUACCCUAUUAAACACAAAGACUGCUCUAAGUACAUCUUUACAUCUGUGUCUUGCACCAUCAUGACUUGAGAAUAAGUGGUCAAAACCCCUUAAAGUAGUGGUGCAGCAGGUAGUGCUGCUGCCUCAUGGCUCUUUUGGCCAAGAUUAGCUCUUGACCACCAGCGUGGUCUGUGUGAUGUUUGCAUCUUCUCCCUGUGACUGUGUAGUUUCCUCCAGAUGCUCCAGUUUCCUCCCAAUCCUGAAGAUGUGCAGCCUGCUGGGCUGAUGGCAUGACAAUCAAUGGGGACACCUGAGCAUGUGAGAGAGAAUGGUAGCAGAGAAAUAAGUGUGGAAUGGGAUUGUUUUAGAAACUGACAUACAUUCAAAGGGACAAAUGGCCUCCUAUCGUAUAAGGAAUUUGAACUCCAUUCAGGGAGUUAUUUUAAAACAUGGGCUGCAGAAAUUGAAGAAGCCACAUCUCCAUUAACUACAUGAGUGUAAGUAGGAAUAGAGAAUAAACAAUCCCUUGAAUCCCUAAUGUAUUAAAUAGAGUCAAGUCCUAAUACCAAGUGGGAAAACAAGAUCAAACCUUAAAGUCUUGUUCUAUGUAAUCUGUUCAGAGUAUGUAAUGACUCAGAAGUGGAGUACAACUACAGAAUCCCAGCUGAUAUCAUUGAAGAGCUUAAUAAAACUGGAUAGAUGAGAAUUCAUCAGAGUGAACUUGCAAUCUAGCACUGACAUUUUGUUCUGCUAUUUCACUAAAACAAGUACUUACUGUACUUACAUGGAUAUGUUGUAUUGUUA